AUGACAGAAGAUUUAGAUCGUAAAAAAUUAGUCGUUGUCGGUAAUGGAAAUGUUGGAAAAACAUCGUUAUUGUAUGCAUUUAAAGAUGAUCGAUUUUGUCAAGAUUAUGUUCCAACAUUAUUCGAAGGAAAUACUCAUAUUAUCGAAGUAGACAAUAAACGUAUUGAACUUUUACUAAUAGAUACUGCCGGACAAGAAGAAUAUGCACGAUUACGUGUUCUUGGCUAUCCCAAUACUCAAGUUGUCCUAGUAUGUUUUGCAUUUGAUUCGCCAGAUAGUUUAACAUGUGUCGGUGAUAAAUGGGCACCUGAAGUUAAAUAUCAUUGUCGAAAUGUUCCAAUAUUAUUAAUUGCAAAUAAAUGUGAUUUAAAAGACGAUUCUGCUGUACAUGAAAGAAUUAAACAGUUAAAUCAAAAAGUGAUAACGACAGAAGAUGCAUUAUUAUGUGCAAAACGAAUUGGUGCAAGAAAUUAUUUAGAAUGUUCAGCAAAAACGAGACAAGGUGUUAGAGAAGUAUUUGAAUAUGCAGCUAAAGUAGCCUUAGACAAAGGCAGUAAAACACCAUGUUGUAAUUGUUGUUUAUUAUAA